CCGCCGGGCUCCGCGGCCUGCGGGCGGCCGCUGGUUGGCGGCGGGGGGACACGUGAGGGAGGAGGGGGCAGCGCGGCGGCGGCAGGAGUUUCCCCGACAGCUGGGGGUUGCGGCGGCGGCUCCUCCUCCCCGGGUCCCCGUUAGAGGCUGCGAGCCCCCCGCCCGUGCUGCUCCUUGUUGACAAAUACACAAAGGGCCGCGCCGGGGCCGGGCUGGGCACGCGUCUGGAGCCGGCAUGGGAGACAAGAAGAGCCCGACCAGGCCGAAGCGGCAGCCGAAACCCUCCUCGGACGAGGGCUACUGGGACUGCAGCGUCUGCACCUUCCGCAACAGCGCCGAGGCCUUCAAGUGCAUGAUGUGCGACGUGAGGAAGGGCACCUCCACACGGAAACCUCGACCAGUCUCUCAGCUGGUUGCACAACAGGUUCCUCAGCAAUUCAUGCCCCCUGCGCAAUCAAAGAAAGAGAAGAAAGACAAAGUAGAAAAGGAAAAAAGUGAAAAGGAAACAACUAGCAAAAAGAACAGUCAUAAGAAAACCAGGCCACGAUUGAAAAAUGUGGAUCGAAGUAGUGCUCAGCAUUUGGAAGUUACCGUUGGAGAUUUGACGGUCAUAAUUACAGACUUUAAGGAGAAAACUAAGUCACCACCUGCUUCUAGCACUGCUUCUGCAGAUCAACACAGUCAGAGUGGUUCUAGCUCUGACAACACAGAGAGGGGAAUGUCCAGGUCAUCUUCACCCAGAGGAGAAGCUUCAUCGCUGAAUGGAGAAUCUCAUUAAAGUUUAUUUCCUCCAGUUUCUUUAGUCUCUUCUCUUUAAAACAUGCAAAUACAUAACUUCUGCCACCUGUUACCACAUUUUCAUGACAGAUUAUCCAUGCACAAUUGGUAUGUUUACUGGAACAUAAUUUAUGCAGUUUAAAAAGAAGAAAAAAAAGUGCAGUGGUAGAAACCAUUUAAAUGCAAUCUAAAAAUGCUUACAAAGCAUUUUCAGACCAACUUUUUAAUCUUCUUGUGUAAAGGUGCCAUGAAAAUGUGGUUUGAAUGUUCAUAUGCAGUGUUAUUGGUAAGUCCAUUUUUACUUUUAGUUUAGUGAAUUCUAACAACUCUUGGGAGUCUCUACUAUUGGCAUGUACUGAAUUUAAAUUUUUAUAACAUAGUUCAAGCUGCCUAAAUAUGUAUUAUUUGAGAAUUGUGAAACAUAGUUAUAUGUAUGCAAGUCAAAGAUCAACUUAAUCAACUAUUGCUGCAACAGAAUUUUCAUAAUAAUUAUCUUCUUAAAAAACACCUGCUGGUACUUGGUGUGGUUAAAUAGGAAAAAUGUUAUUAAAUAGAACAUUUGUAUGGAUUUUUGCCAAUGUUUGACACAUUUUACUAGAUUACUGUUAAUGAAUUAUGUUGAUGGUUUUACCAAUAUUUUUUCACACUUAAAACACUUAUUGUAAUGUUUACAAGCAAAAUAGAAAACACAUUCUAAACAUCAAUUGGUUAACUUUACAAUUCAGGUGAAGUACUACAUUGUCAUUGUACACUGGUUUUCUAUGUUGUGUAACAAAUAUUGAACCUCAGAUAACUAAGCAUUUGGCAAAAACUAACAUUUGGAAGUAUGAAAGUUUGGAAAAGCUUUAAAAAUAACUCAAGUGCAGUUCUCAUUUCUGCUUAGUGCUGUUUCCUUGCCCCAAAUUUACUUAGUGUCAUACAGUCAGUUACCAUUUCAUUACAGAAAUAUCAGAUGUUGCACAAGAAUAAGGAAUUAAUACUUUUUAUUUUUUUUUAUUUUGAAUCAACUUCUUUUGAUUUGGCCUAUUAGAGAAUAUUAUGUCAUAAAUCAUACAAAAAAGCCUCAGUAUCCUACUUUAUGGCAUAAACUGUCAACAUUUACGCACUUAGCAAUAUACUGAUGCAGAGCAGAACUAUCUACAAUCCCAUCUGGUAUUAUGUAAAAUUACCAAUAAAAUAUUUUUGUGAAUACA